UGAGAAAGCGCAAGCUGGAAUGGCCAGUCAAAGGCUACGUACUGCUUGCCGUACACAUCGAUCAACUCACUAAAGCUCGCCUCCCGAAAACAAACAAACGACAAACAGUCAAACCAGUUCCGUCCAGGAGUUGACAUGGUGACAUGUUGCUGCCGGACCAAACGUAUGAGCAGGCGACCCUGGGUCAGGAGCGACUGAGAGGCUCGUCAGCGUACAAUGACGGUGGCUUCCCUCGGCUGUUCGCUCUUAAGGAGCUCGACGUGAAGCGGUUGCAGCAGGAUCUGCGUGGUGCCAGUCUGUACGUUGAUGGUAGCGUGGGUGCGGAAUUGGCGGGCGUACUCGCGAAUAAUGAGAUGAAAUUUGGCAUUCGAACGCUGGUGGAGAAUGGUGAAGGUAGUGGUAGCAGUGGUGUCGGUAGCUCGGGAGAGGCGGGUAAUUCGAGGGAUGGUAAGCGACAGGAGCUUGAUGUGCGUCUGUCGAUGACAAAUGGUGGCAGCAAGCACCUUGCCGCUGAAAAGCUACCUUUGCCGGAAGACACCACCCCGCUGUAUCUUGACUCGGCGAGUCUGUGGAGUGAUCGGGCUGCAUCUGCAAUGGCGAUCGGACAUUCCAAUACAAAAUCCAUCCGAUCGAUCGCACGCGGAUGUGGGACGAUCGAUGCUAGAAAUCGCAUGAAGAAUAGUCAAAGGGCGCCAGCACUGCGUCUGAAGGAUCAUACGGAUCGUGGUAUCGGGCUGGAAUCAACGAGCUCCCCAGGCAGUAGCUUAAGCUAUUCGAGUAACUCCAGCGAGGAUGAUGAUUUUGUGGAUCCUAAAAGUACUUUAACAUCGAUAAGGCAACGAAUGUGCCACUCGCGAAUGGAUGGCGAGACAGUAGAUGUGAAGGAAUCGUCACCUGAUGCACCUGCUCCGAAUGACGGUCCUGACCCGGGUGAACGUGACGAUUACGACAAGACGUCGGAUUUUUUCAACAACAUUCCGGAGUUCCAGGGCGAAGCAUUGGGCCCCUUCAGCAUCACGGCUAAACGUACCGAACCGGACUGGGGCAGCAUUCGCACAAACGUGGACAUUUUGCGCGCCUGCGAACUUUUCCUGAUGCGGCACCGGAUGAGGCCAGACUUCUUUUGCAAGUAUAAAACGGCUAUGAACCCACCAGUAUCUGCACCGGCAUCGUUUCCUUUGUCCCGUUCGCGGACUCCCAUCGACGUGCGGAAACCAAAAAGCGUGUCACCACCAAUGCAAAGGCCGUCAUCUAGAGCUCAGGGACCGAUUAGCUUCUCACAUGCAUCGACAACUUUACCACACGACCGAAACUAUGCCGAUCGCCCAGGACCGAUCUACAGUGUGCCCAAUCGAACCGGUAAAAAACGGCGGCCAAAUGCGGAUGCAUCUUCAUCGAACGAAGCCGUCCACCUGCAGCAAAGACUGAAGAGCCUCAGCUCAGAGUUGGUGACGCUGAGGAACCGACUGCACACCGGUGGCCAGCCCACCGGAACCGGACCCAAUGGAGGCGGUGGUGUACCUGUCGGCGGUGGUGCAGUAGUAUCACCAGCAUCGGCACCAAAUACUAACAACACCGGCUCGGGCCAUAAUGUUGGAACGCAUGGUACGGCCGGCCUGGCGACACACGCAAACAACGCGUCCAGCAACAACGGUCUCCUAACAAGCACGGUCGGUGCGAAUGGGAUCAGUGUGCUUCCACAUCUUGCCAACGGGUGCUCCAAUAACACCACCACCACUACCAACAACACCAACAACAACAGCAGCAACAACAACAAUAUCAAUAAUAACAGCAACGCCAACAACAGCGCUACCAAUAAUGCUAAGAAUCACAUGCUAAUGACGAGUGCAGCCCAGUGCAUACCAGCAAACCAGGCGAGCAACAAUCUGAACGCCUCGCAAUCGAAUGUCAACGUCUUGCCAAUUGUUUCACCACGAAAUACCUCAAUUCCAUACCCUUUACCACAUCACAAUGUCAGCAGCGGCACAAUGCUUCACGGCGAUACGAUACCAUGCGGUGGAACGCUUCCGAGACGUACGGCGAUGGGCUUCGGCGGCAACUCAAUCCAGUACAACAUGGGUGGACAUACCGGCAGUGGUGGACUUGGCACAAUCGUCUCUCCUAGCGGUGGUGGAUCUGGAACACUGCUUGCUGGUACCGGGUCCACCACAGCUCACUUUCGAGAUCGGCAGGAAGGCACCGGUACUAACGAGAUGGAUGAUCUGAUACAUCUGCCUGGUCCGCUUACCGAGGAUGCCGUCAUGCGUACGUUGCACAACCGCUUCAAUGAUGGGAAAUAUUUCACCAACGUCGGCCCAAUACUGCUGUCUGUCAAUCCUUACCACGAUGUCGGCAACCCACUGACACUGUCUUCAACCCGCUCCGUCCCUCUUGCCCCUCAGUUAAGAAAAAUUGUCCAAGAAGCCGUUCGACAGCAGGCGGAAACGGGUUACCCGCAGGCGAUUAUUCUUUCAGGUACUUCCGGUUCGGGAAAGACGCACUGUUCGAUGCUACUGCUAAGACAACUGUUCGCAGUGGCAGGCGGUGGACCAGAAACCGACGCGUUCAAGCAUCUGGCCGCAGCCUUCACUGUGCUGCGCUCGCUUGGAUCUGCCAAAACUACCACCAACUCAGAAUCGAGUAGAAUUGGACAAUUCAUUGAGGUUCAGGUGACAGAUGGAGCUCUCUAUCGCACCAAAAUCCAUUGCUACUUUCUCGACCAGACGCGUGUCAUUCGACCGUUGCCAAACGAGAAAAAUUACCACAUCUUCUACCAAAUGCUGGCAGGAUUGAACGCCGAUGAGUGUGCGCGGCUCAACUUGGAAGGAUACUCACCGGCGAAUUUACGAUACCUUCAGCACGGCGAUAUCAGGCAGGACGAGCAGGAGGAUGCGGCACGUUUUCAAGCAUGGAAAGCCUGCCUUGGUAUUCUCGGCAUACCUUUCCUAGAUGUUGUACGCGUCCUUGCAGCAGUUCUACUUCUAGGGAAUGUGCAGUUCAUCGACGGACAGGGUCUCGAAGUGGAAGUUGUGGGUGAGACAGAACUGAACGCCGUUGCCAAUUUGCUGGGUGUGCCAUCGGCUCAGCUAUUUCGAGGUCUAACGACACGUACGCACAACGCACGCGGUCAACUUAUCAAAUCGGUCUGCGAUGCCAACAUGUCCAACAUGACACGGGAUUGUUUGGCCAAGGCACUGUACUGUAGGACAGUAGCGACGAUUGUUCGUAGAGCAAACAGUUUGAAACGACUCGGUUCAACACUCGGCACACUUAGCUCCGACAGCAAUGAAUCGGUGCACAAUCAGGCAGAGGUAGCAAGCCAGCAUGCGUCCACGAUUGGCGGAAACGCUGGUUCAAAGUCUAUGGCUGCGUUGAACAAUGCAGUCCGACAUGCAACAGAUGGAUUUAUUGGAAUUUUGGACAUGUUCGGUUUCGAGGAGCCCCGACCAGCCCAGCUGGAACAUCUUUGCAUCAACCUUUGCGCGGAGACCAUGCAACACUUCUACAACACACACAUCUUCAAAAGUUCCGUGGAAUCAUGCCGCGAGGAAGGCAUCAUCUGCGACACCGAGGUAGACUACGUGGACAACGUUCCCUGCAUCGAUCUCAUCUCAUCCCUGCGUACCGGACUGCUGAGUAUGCUCGAUGCCGAGUGUUCGGUGCGUGGCACGGCGGAAAGCUAUGUCGCGAAGAUCAAGGUACAGCACCGCAACUCGGCACGGCUCGAGCAGCGUGCCCUCGAACCGUACGAUCCACGACUGUUUGCGAUUCGGCAUUUUGCCGGCCGCGUCGAAUACGACACCACGGACUUUCUCGACACGAACCGGGACGUGGUGCCGGACGAUCUGGUAUCCGUGUUCUACAAGCACACGUGCAACUUUGGCUUCGCAACUCAUCUGUUCGGCACGGAGCUGAAAGCGUUGUACGCACAGGAGAAUGGACCGCGAGGACUCAGCUUCCGAAUAGCGCCCACCUCUCAUACGGAUCUGCUAAAUGGAGAUGAACCCGUUUCUACCCUCACGCAAGACUUUCACACACGGCUGGAUAAUCUGUUGCGGACGUUGGUGCACGCACGGCCACAUUUUGUUCGUUGCAUUCGCAGCAAUACCGCUGAGAAAGGUGGAAUGUUUGAUCGGGGCGCAGUCGUCCGACAGAUACGUGCACUGCAGGUACUCGAAACAGUCAACCUGAUGGCGGGUGGUUUCCCGCACCGAAUGCGUUUCAAACAGUUUACGGCCCGGUACCGCAUGUUGGCCCCGUUCCGACUGCUUCGCCGUUGCGAAGAGAAAGCCCUCGAGGACUGUAAGGUGAUCCUGGACUUUGCACUUGAAAACCCGCCCGAGCUGGACGGUUCGGUCACACUAUCGUGGGCCCCCGGUAAGCGACAUAUCUUCUUGAGUGAAGGCAUUCGCCAGCAUCUGGAGCGAUUGAGAACGGAGGUACGCAUGAAGAGUGCGACAUUGAUUCAGGCCACGUGGCGUGGUUGGAAUCUGCGCAAACGGCUCGGUACGAUUAGACGUACACACGACAUUCAGCUAAUGGGUGGGGCGCUGCUGUCCGUGAAUAAAACCUCCGGUAAGUACAACAGUUCCGCCUUUGACAAGCGUUCCCACAACAACAACAGCACAACGACUGCAAUGGUCAAACUGGUUUUGUCUUCAGGUGCUCGAACCGGCAAUGUUUCGCACGCAAACGCAAACAAUACGGGCACGGCUACGAGACCACGACCGCAACCAAUCGCUGGUACGCCACCGCCAGAUCCGAAUGAAAAGUGCGACUCAAAGAUUAUCGCACAGACCUGCACGCUCUUUGGGUUGGAUUUGGAACGGCCACCACCAGUACCACCGUCCCGUUCGUACACUGUGACCGGAAAUUCAAAGCUCGGCUACCCACAGACACGUAUCAUGAAAAUGAAUUUCCCCGAAGAUCCGGCUGCAGUUGGUCUUGGGGAGCAGCUGCGCAAGGGUGAAGCUGUCACCGUAACCGGAGCAUCUCAUCGACGAGGUCAUCUCAUCGUGGAACACAACGGCAUUAGUCUGCAUGUGCCCUUCCAAUAUAUGGAGCUAGUGAAGACGAUUGCUCCCGUACCGACCGGAGCUGGCAAUGCCCCUUCCGGUGCUACGGUACCUUCACCACCAACGGCCACUGCGGUCAAUAUAUGAUCG